AACCGAGAUCAUAUCCUAUACCUAUGUGAGAAGUAUAGGACCGUUAUUAUCGUAGGUGAGACGGGUUGCGGAAAAAGUACUCAGGUCCCGCAAUACCUCUUAGAGGCAGGAUGGGCCAAUGAUGGCCGAAUGAUCGGAAUCACCCAACCUCGAAGAGUGGCUGUUGUUACGUUAGCUGCACGUGUUGCUGAGGAGAAAGAGACUAUUCUCGGACAAGACGUGGGCUACACAGUCCGUUUUGACGAUGUCACUGAUGACCAAACAAAGAUUAAGUAUAUGACUGAUGGAAUCCUUUUGAGAGAGUUACUGACAGAUCCUUUGCUUUCAAAAUAUAGUGUAAUAAUGAUCGAUGAAGCCCAUGAACGGACUUGCAAUUCUGAUAUUCUGCUUGGUCUUCUUCGGAAAGUGCUCAUUGUCCGGCCUGAUUUACGCAUUGUAGUGUCAUCAGCGACGCUGGAUGCUGAGCUUUUUCGAGACUUCUUUGAGCUGAAUGAAAGCGAUGACCAUAACCUCGACACCUCGUGUAUA